AUGGAGAGGUCAAAACUAGGCAGAACACCAAAAUUUCGGAGGAAGGCCAGCACUGCGACCGCAGUGAUGACAUUGGCCACCGUUGAGGAUGAUGGUACACAGGUAGAACGGAAAACACGACGUCAAACUCGGAGGCAAACUCGAAGUGGCGUAGCGGAUCAAGGAACCUUUAAAGAGGCAUUCAGAGGUUUCUGUGAUAGGACUUUGAAGACAGGAGUACAACAACUGGCAGAUGAAUUCAUGAAAUUAAAAAUGUCUACACAAGCCAUCGGUAGUAGACCAAAAACCGCAUAUGAUGCUAAUCCAGAAAAGAAUCGUUAUCGAGAGGUGUUCUGUAUCGAUGCGACUCGAGUUAUACUAACAUGGCCUCCAGGCUUCAAUGACUAUAUUCAUGCUAAUUGGGUUAAUGGAGUUGACAAACAAAAGAAAUUCAUUUGUACUCAGGGCCCCAACGACAAAACUGUGGACGACUUUUGGAGGAUGGUUUGGCAGGAGAAAUGUAAGAGUAUAGUGAUGUUAUGCAACAUAAUGGAAUGCGGCAAACAGAAAUGCGAGCAAUACUGGCCUCUCACAACAGAAACUCCGAUGAGCCUCGCUAGCGGUCUCACGGUAAAAUUUAUCUCAACGGAUGCGAUUGAAAAAAGUGUCGAGUUAACGAAAAUAGAACUACUUGACCCCUCUGGGACUCGGCACGCGGUCGAACAUUUCCACUGGACCGAUUGGCCGGAUCGAGGUGUGCCCAACUCGACGACACUUGCAAUAUUUCGCAUGCUUCGUAAAGUGAACCGCUUAACCCCAUGUGUUGUACAUUGCUCAGCUGGCAUUGGACGUACUGGUACUGUCGUCGGCAUCGACCUAAUCUAUCGACGGUUAGAACGUGGUGACAAAGAUGUAAGUCUCCUAAAGGUGGUCACAGAAUUACGAGAAAUGAGACACGGAGCCGUUCAAAUGGAUGCACAGUAUCUUUACAUGCACCGAAUUUUACUUGUUGUUGCAGAGAAUUUAAAGAUCAUCACUCCAGCAGAAACUGAAAAAUUCACACAAGAAUACGAUCAGCUUCUAAAGAAUCGCGGUUUCCUUUGA